AUGGCGCUCACGCAAUCGUCAUCUCUGAUGGCCCUUGGACUAAGGGGGGAUAGACGCAUGGUGCGUCACAACUCGGUUCCUUCGCUGGGGUCGAAUGUCGUCGAGUUCAACUAUGGAAGACCUAACUUUACGAUCAAGGGUUCCGAGAGCCAGCUGAAGCCCGUGAAGGAUAAAGUGCGCGCGGCGGUGAAGAAGCGAAGACUAAGGUUGGAGGAGUUCUUCCAGCCUUUCGACGUCACUCGCACGAAAAAGGUUAACGAAACAACGUUCGUCAGGGCCAUGAACGCCAGCGGCAUCGGGCUCACGCAGGAGGAACUGGGACUGCUGAUAAACCGUUACAGGCUGCCGGCGGGAAGCGGGUUGAUCGACUAUCAAAAGUUCUGCGACCAGAGCAAUAAGGUUUUUACUUCAAAGCACCUGGAACGCACCCCCGGAAAAACCCUCAUACGCAGCCUGCAGAGUACCCAGCCUGCCAUUCUGGGCGCUGGUAACCCUACCCUGACUCCCACAGAAAAGCUGCGCACGGCGGACAUGCUGGAGGAGAUGCGGCGCAAAGUUCGCGACGGGAGUCUCAUCGUAAAAAAUCUGUUCAACCAGUUUGACUUGCACACCAGGGGGUGUGUCACCGGGGAGCAGUUCCUGCGCGCGAUCAGCUGCCAUGGUCUUCUUUCCGCGGACAAGGUGUUGGAUAUGGAGAGGUACGGCCACGUUCUCGUCAAGGCCUUCACCGAGCGAGUCGACGGUCCCGGCUUGGAAGCCGUCGUUGUCAACUACAAAACCCUCCAUGAUCAGCUUAUGGUACAAGACUGCUGGGAGAACCAUGUGAAGGAACCAAAACCGGCGCUACUCAUCGACGGCCAUCCUGAGGAAUACAACAACUCAAAUGGAGACGAAAACGAGGGAGAGCGGCUCGAGAGGUUGCUCGUAGAGGAGGCUGUUGCACGCCGAAUCGAGGUGAUGGACUACCUCAGCUCAGCUGUGGGAGGAGAAGUGGCCGGCACCAAGCACCCCGGGAUGGGAUCGGGCGGGCUAUGCUCGAGAGAACGGUUCCAGCAGCUGCUAAGGGGGCUCUGGCGGGCCCACUUCACGGACGAGGAGGCGGAAGCUCUAGCCGACCGCUACCGCCCGCCGGUGGAUUAUGCGUCGGCAAGGAUGAACACCUUCGUCGACCUGGCGUCGUUCGCGAAGCAGCUUUGUACGCGAGUCUUGGCGGCAAGGAAAACCGCCGCGAAGGCUACGGGGGCGGGAACGAGGCCAGGAGGAGGAGGCGUCGUUGUGCCCCCGAGGUUGUCAGCUAAGGAAGCGAAGGAUGUGGAGAAUGUCAUCUUGGACAUUAGAGGCAGGAUCUCCCGGGAGCGGAUCACUCUGAAGCCGUCCUUCAAGGGGUUCGUGGCGUACAAGGAGUUCCUCCAAGACGUGGAUGCUCCUUUGGAGACGGAGACGCAAGCCUACAUCGAUAACUUCGUGUUCGGCAGGGACCAGACCCAGCUGUUCGACGCUCCCCAGAAGCACCAACGCAGCGAUGGGGGGGGGGGCAAGGAAGAGGGAGGCAAAGGGCUGACUAAAAGUUCGAGCAGCAUCUUGCGGUCAGCGGCGUCGCUUACGUCGGAGGCGUUGAUGGGGAGGGGAGGGGUCGGGAAUAAUCCCGCCCGCGACUGCGAUGCCAUCAUUCGUGACGUGAGGCGGAGGACCGCGAGGGAGAGGGUGCGCAUGAUGGAUCUUUUCAAAGACUUCGAUCGUUUGCAGCACGGAACAUGCACCCAGGCCCAGUUGGCGAGGGUCAUGAAGACACUCGACCACCCUCUAUCCGACAGAGAAUUGGCCGCCGUUUGCGAGAGGUACAAGAGCAACGUCCCGAGCGAAUGCUCUCCUGGAGACGGCACUCCGCUGAUCGUCUACAAGAACCUGGUGUCCGACAUCGAAGCCGUCUUCACCGUCGAGGAGUUGGAAAAAAAGUCGGCCGUCACCAAUGUUGAGCAGGCGGUGCGAGAGGCGAGGGGCGUGGAUCGGCGAUUGAGAGGCGAGUCGUCCAGGCUGGAGGGGCUGAGCGAGGAAGAGGAGCGGAUGCUGGCCAAGUUUCUGCGGGAGCUGGCGAUGAAGGUGAACAAGGACAGCCUAUGCCUUCCUUCCCUCUUCACGGACUACGACCGCUUCAACGUCGGAGACAUCACCGAGGCCGGAAUGGAGAGGGCCCUGGGGGGAGCCUGCCUCCUGCCGCCCGAGCCCAUCUUCCGCACGAUCGUCAAAAAGUUCAGGGAGCACUCCCGCCGCAGCUCCGGGGGCGAGGUCAACUACAAGGCCUUCCUUGCGGCGGUGGAGCUCGCCCAGGACCCACUCGCAACGCCGCGCGACCUGCCCAAUGCAACCAAGUUCAGGGCCAUGCGGGCGGAAGGGGGAACUGAAAGCUUCGUACCAGCACCGGGUUCAGGCCCAACCUCCCAAGGGUACCGUGUUACUGUAGUGGAGCAAUAG